UACCACGAAUUUCAUAUAAUCCCACAACAUAAGAUCAAGAAAUUUCAAGAAAAGUACACUCCAAAAUCAAGAAAAUCAUCCCAUCAAAACCUUUCUUUCUAAAUAUCUCUAUGUUCCUGUCACAUGAACACCCUAUAAUGCCAAAACAAAUGGUAGUAGACCCACCUUUCCUCCACCACAAACCACCGCCUUCCGCCAUGGACUUCGCCGGCAUGGAAGCUGAAGUCAAUGAUCGCUCAUUAUUCUCACACAGAAACACAUAUGAUCUAAACAGCAAGAUCAUGCUCACAGCAAUUAUUUCUCUAUCAUUUGUUGUUGUUCUAGUUAUAGUACUUCACAUUUACGCAAGAUGUAUCCUCAGACGCCAUGCUCGCCGGAGGUCUAUUAUUGGCCGCCUAGGGUUAGCCACCAUCUCCAGCGAGCCACGGCGGACCGGUCUUGAUCCGGGGGUCAUUGCUUCACUCCCAAUAUUUGUUUAUAAGCAAACCAAUAAUAGUGUUGAUCAAGAAAAUCAAGAAUGUGCGGUUUGUUUAAGUUUUCUUGAAGAUCAAGAAAUGGCUAUGGUUUUACCUAAUUGUAGACAUACUUUUCAUGCCGAGUGCAUUGAUAAAUGGCUGGCUUCACAUUCUACUUGUCCUAUUUGUCGAACCGAGGCUGAGCCACGGAUUCAGCCCGUCUCGAGAGAGGGUCCGGUGGCCGGUCCAGCCAUAGCUCCGCCGCUUGAGGGUAGUAAUGGCAAGGCUAGUGGUUCAUCGAUGUCUCGGUUGAGCUCAUUUCGAAGGAUACUUAGUCGAGAAAGAUCAUCGAGACGAAUUCAAGCUGAGAUUCGUCAAGAAGAAGGUUUUGAAGAUCUUGAGAGACAAUAAUUUAAUUAGGUAUAUAGAGUUUUUGAAGGUAUUUCAUUAAUUGUUUAUUUUUCAUUCAUAAAAUCUAGUACAUAAUACAAGAUAUCAUACUUGUCAUAAA